UGCGAAGUGUCAAAGGUGUUAAGUUGAAAUAUUUAUGUUACUUUUUUGGAAAUGUUCAAAUGUUUUUUUAAUUUUUUUUUUCUUAAUUUUGUAUUCCAUGAAAAUUUUGCGCAAAGAUUUUUUUUUUAAUUUCGGCCAGAUUUGGCAUAGCCGUUCUCGAUUUUUGCUCUUGUCAACGUAUUUCGCGAUAUUUAUUUAAUUUAUACACGUUACCUAUUUUUUUAGAUAAACAAAAUAUUUCAUAAGUAACCGGAGUCCUGCCGAUGUGAUGAAAUGCCGGCGUUUUGUAUGCGCAAUAUAAUUACCUCAAUUGCAUCUCGACUAGGAUUCAAAAAACCAAUUUUUGGCAGCGAGAAUGCCCCCGAGAAACCUAUUUGUAACGAAACCCUCAAAACCACUAAAAAUGUGUCAAAGUUUAGAACUGAAAAAGUGGCGAUUGUUGGCAGUGGUGUGACUGCAAUGUCUUGGGCGAUGCUUUUUGCUUCAGUCGGUUACCAAGUGACAAUAUUUGAUGUAUUUCACAAAAACGUUUCUGAUGCCCUAAACAGUAUAAGAGUUCAAUUAAAGACAUUGGAAAGUAGCGGUCUGCUUCGUGGUCACCUCAACGCAGACGACCAAAUUAAAUGUAUUGAAGGAUCUUCUAAUUUAGCAAAAGCAGUUAAAGAUGCAGUUUUUAUACAAGAAUGUAAAAAAGAGCACUACGCUUUUAAGAUCAUAAUAUUCCAAAUUUUAGACGCACUUGUGGAUGACAAUGUUAUUUUGUCAACCUCUACGAGCAUGACUCCGCUUACGCUAUUCUCUGACAAAAUUAAACACAAAUCGCACGUCAUAGUGUCUCAUCUUGUGGAACCUUUUUACUACGGAUCAUUAGUUGAAAUAGUGCCAACUAUAUGGACUUACCCCUGGAUUGUUGCGGGGACCAAAGAAAUAAUGAAGGAGAUUGGACAGCAGCCAGUUUCACUCACAAAGGAGAUUAGUGGCUAUAUAGUGAAUCGAAUUCAAUACGUAAUUUUAAAUGAAGUUUGGCGUUUGGUUGAGCAAGGAAUUGUUCACGUUCAAGACAUCGACAAACUUAUAUCGGAAGGAUUGGGAAUGUACUAUGCUUUUCUCGGCCCCUUUGAAAUCGCACAUUUGAGCAGUGAAGGAAUAGUAAAUUAUAUCAAAAGAUACGGAGAGACUAUAUUUAACGUAUGCAAUAUAACUGCUGAUACGCCGCCGCCGUGCAUGAACACAUCAUAUAGUACAGAAUUCAUUUGCGCACACCUGAAUGCAGUAGUACCUUUAGAGAAAUUACAAGAGCGGCGCGCGUGGCGGGACGCUUGUUUUAUGCGACUGAUGAAGCUAAGAAACGAAAUGAAUCUAUUAUUUAUAAAUGAAUAA